AUAUGUGUAUGCAUAAUAUAUAUUUCUUGAUAUGUAAUUUUUACUAAUAUUAAACAUGAUAUUAAAUCUCAGAAAUUGAAACAUUGUCUACAUAAGUAUUAGCGCUAUAUUAUUAAAUUUAUAAAUAUCUAUUAAUCGUGAGUUACGAAAUUAUAAUAUUUAAUAGAAUAAAAAUUUCAUAUCCAACUCAAAAUGGUUUGUGAAAAGUGUGAAAAGAAAUUAGGAAAAGUCAUAACUCCAGAUCCUUGGAAAAACGGUGCAAGAAAUACAGUAGAAAGUGGAGGACGUAAAGUUGGAGAAAAUAAAGCACUUUCUGCAGGAAAGGCAAGAUUUAAUCCUUAUACUACUACUUUUGAGACAUGCAGAAUAUGUAGGCAAAAAGUACAUCAAGUUGGUUCACAUUAUUGUCAAUCAUGUGCAUAUAAGAAAGCUAUAUGUGCAAUGUGUGGUAAAAAAUUAAUGAGUACAAAAAAUUAUAAACAAUCUGCUACAUAGAAAUUCAUUUGUUAUUAUAUUAUAUCAAUUAUAAAAUUAAUUUAAAAGAAUUAAUUUCAUUUAAACAAACAUAUUAUACUAAUUCAAAUAAUAGAACUAAAUA